CGGUAAAUAUUGGUGACGUCACACCGCCAAGAUGGCGGAGGGGGAGGACGGGGGCUGGUGGCGGAGCUGGCUCCAGCAGAGCUACCAGGCUGUCAAGGAGAAGUCCACAGAGGCUCUGGAGUUCAUGAAGAGGGACCUGGCUGAGUUCACCCAGGUGGUGCAGCACGACACCGCCUGCACCAUCGCCGCCACGGCCAGCGUGGUCAAGGACAAGCUGGCAAGGGCAGAAGGCUCCUCAGGUGCCACUGAGAAGGUGAGGAAGGGGCUCUCUGAUUUCCUGGGGGUCAUCUCGGACACCUUUGCCCCCUCCCCGGACAAGACCAUUGACUGUGACGUUAUCACACUGAUGGCAACGCCCUCAGGAACCACUGAGCCCUACGACAGUGCCAAGGCUCGUCUCUACAGCCUCCAGUCCGACCCAGCCACCUACUGCAAUGAGCCUGAUGGCCCUGCUGAGCUGCUGGAGGCCUGGCUCGCUCAGUUCAACCUGGAGGAGAAGAAAGGGGAGAUUGCAGAGCUGCUGGCAAUCAGCCCUUCCAUCCGGGCCCUCUACACCAAAAUGGUCCCCGUGGCUGUUUCCCACUUGGAGUUCUGGCAGCGCUACUUCUACAAAUUGCAUCGCCUGGAGCAGGAUGAGGCUCGCAGGGAGGCUCUGAAGCAGCGAGCGGAGCAGAGCAUGCACCAAGAGGAGCCAGGCUGGGAGGAAGAUGAAGAGGAGUUCUUGGGGAUGUCCCCCCUGCCUUGUGCAAACAUCACAUUUCCAGGAGCAGCACAGAAAGAACCCACCCCAGCAGCCCCGGAGGGAAACCACCCUGCUGCUCCCUCUGGGCAGAGCUGGGCUGUGCUGCCCCCAGAGCUGGUCCCAGUGGAGCAGAGCCCCUCAGAGAGCAGCGAGAGCGUGUCCCUUGUGACUCAGAUUGCAAACCCUGCCUCUGUGCCUGCCACCCAGCUACAGACUGCAGCUCCUCCCGUGGGCGCCGGGGACCUCUCCCGGAGGCUGGAGGAGGCCACCUUGGAAGAGCAGAGCUCCCUGCCAAAACCCCCAGAAGCUGCUCAGCCUUCUGCACCUGCCAAGGAAUCUGCAGCAUCCUCAGAGCCAGCAGCUGGAGCAGAGCUCAGAGAGCUGGAGAGCAAAGGCCAGGGCAGGACAGAGACUCUGAGAGAGGAAGGGCCCACAGAUCUGCGAGUGUUCGAGCUCAACUCGGACAGCGGCAAAUCCACCCCCUCCAACAACGGCAAGAAAGGCUCCAGCACGGAUAUCAGCGAGGACUGGGAAAAGGACUUUGAUCUCGACAUGACAGAGGAGGAGGUGCAGCUGGCACUGUCCAAGGUGGAAAUGUCUGGGGAGCUGGAAGAUGAAGAGUGGGAAGACUGGGAAUAAAGCAGCUGCUUCCAGUGUGUGUCACAGGCUCAUUUCCACCAUCGAAUGUGAAUCGAAUCACGGACCAGCUGUUCCUUUGUGUGUGACUGUGCUGGGGGUUGCAGUUCCAGGCUGGAGGAGUUCCAUUCCUGCUAAAACCUGUGGGCAACUCAAGUGACCCCCUCAGAUGCAGGAGGAGGAAGCAGGAGGUCGCUGGCACACAGGAGCCCAACUUCUCCAUCAGUCCUAGAGACUGGCCAAGCCAAAACGGACCCUGAUGUGUGGGGAAGGGGCAGAGUGAGGGGUCCCUGGGGCCAGCUGGGCACUCAGAGCCCUGCCAGCUGUGCUGGGUGCUGCCAGGCUGCCAGCUGGCUCCUUCCUUGCUUGUGUGUGCACGUGUAACCUACAGCUGAGAGGCUCCUGGAUGUGGCUGUGCCUGCUCUGCUCGCUGCUCUGCAAUUCCCACCCGGAAAGCGACGCCCAGGGAGGGCCUGAGGGCUGGAGGUGCUGCAGAAAAUGGCACUUGGCUCGUGGCUUUGACCCUGCAAGGAGCCAAACCCCCUGCCAAACCCUGAGCUUCUGCCUGGCCUUUUUGUCUUGGAAGCUUUUUCUCAUGGAAACUCCUGUUUCCAGCAGUUCCUGGAAGAGCCAAGGCCUGCUGCUCCCCUCCUUUGCAGCUGCACCACCUCCCUGCACUGGGUUUUGUGUCUUUCUGGGUAAAUUCUCCAAGCAGAAUCCUCGUGGCUUGCUCUCACUCGAGCCCUGCUGGGCUGACAGUUGUUUGGGUCACCUGGGAGCACAACCCCUUGUGUUGGUGCCCAGCCUGACCCACUGACCACUUCAACCUCUGCUUGACCAGUGUGGGCAGAGAGAGGCUCCCAAAUGUGCCUGGUCCCUGCUGGCUGUGUCCCCCCUGUCCCAGCAGCCACCAGGAGCUUUGCUGUGCCCACUUGGGUUCUCUCUUCACCCCUCUGUGACUGCUUGCCACGUUUCCUUCAACCCCACAGCUUCUUUUUGGGGCAGUUUCCUUGUCAGGACACGAGAUGUUGCUAAUGCACAGUUAUCCCAAGGGGACAAUGUUUGGGGUGACACUUUCUGCCUUUGUCCUGCCCCCUCCACUGGGGCUGGGGGUUUCCUGCUGGGUUUGGACAGCACUAAACGAGGUGGGGUUUUGGGGUUGGGUUUUCCUCUUUUGGGGUGAAUUCUGGUGGGAGAAUCCCUGUCCUGCCAAAGCUCUGGGGACAGCUCUGCUCCUGCCUGGGGUGUGCUGGGUCCAGCAGAGCCUCACCUUGUCCUGGCUCGGAUUAUGGUGACAGGGGACACAGGGGACAGCAGUGGGGACCUGGUGUGAGUCCCAGCUGAUCCCACAGCAGAGCUUGAGGGUGCAGCAUCUGUGUCACUUUCUUUUCUUCUUUAGUCGAAUUAACCGUUGGGUUGGUUGUGCAAUAUUCUCUGUUCUCGAACUACUCUGCAUCUCCCUGAGCUUUUUCUAGCUGGGGUGACAAACCAGGAGCAAUUCUAACAGCUGGUAGUUUUGUAACGAUGACUUUCUCCAAACCUUUUACAGACUUGCAGUUAACAGCAAUUAAAGGAGUUCUCAGAGUC